CAGAGGGGUGGUCUCAGCCUGGCUGAAGAGGCUACUUUGGAGCCACAUAAACACAUUCGCAGAUUCGCCGUUGUGCUGUCAGCCUGCCUCCGACGCGGACGUCUCUCUAAUCAGAGAGCGAGGAGAAAAGGAGAGAGAGAGAUAGAGAGAGAGAGAGAGAGAGAGAGAGGAAAAGGGAGAGAGACCUAAGAAGAGAGAGGACAACCAUCAAGCAAAGCAUCACUGCUGCUUCUCGCCUAUAUCCCUCUUUCUUCAGAGGAAAAAAAAGCGGCUUCUGUCUCGCAGCAUCACAUACUCCAUUUCUUCAAGCUCGAGAGAAAAAACACAAGCAAUCUGGCUGCAGGAGAGAAAUAAAGGCAUGAUUAGAAUGCAGCUGACCGUUUGAAGGAAAAAACAAAAGGAGAGAGCCCAGAGAGGAGAUGGUUUAAAUGAAUGAAGCAGUGUCCUUCCAGCAGCAUGUGGAGGGAAUAGCAGUCUAAGGAGCAGAGGCUGAGGCAGCCCGUCUUCCCCACAUCCCUCUCUCCCGCGGCCAAUUCAAGAACUUUGCAGAGAUGGGCUCUGAACUUGGCCGCCAGUGAAUUAUUGAUAUCGGCCACUUACGAGAGAAUAAAGAAGCAUUUACUCAGCCCGCCUGCUCCGAGGACGUGACUGGACACGUGGUGUGGAUACCAGCAGCUGGCCCUUGGAGCCCCACACCAGCUCAGCUCCUGUGAAGAGCGUACCCUUGACGUCCCUCCCCACAGUACACCCCCCACCCCCGCCACUCUCUUCUGCCCCCUCACUUGUUACAGGCAUGUGUGAGGAUUAAGGCUUGGGAUUACUGAAGUGUCCACAUCGUUUAUGGGAAGAGGGACACACCGUUGUUCUUGCCAAGAUGGGAGUCUAAGCUGAAUAAAGGACAUAAAUUCUUAGUGGAGAAUUUUCUUCACAUCUGUCGAGUAUGAUAACAUCAGCUAACGUCUACAGAGUGCUAAACAUGGACACGAUGAACAGGUUUUGUGAUCUGCUGUAUGAGAUGAUCUGGGCAGUGAUGACUUGCUGCAUGAUCCCCAGGAAGCAGCCUCUGCAGCUGCACCUUAAACAUACACCUGUCCAGCACUUAUAACCACAGCCUUUAACUCCCUCUUCCAAGUAAUGACCAGGCAUAGAACCAACCCUGGAGAUGCCGAAGAGAAGAGACAUUCUUGCCAUCGUGUUAAUCGUGUUACCGUGGACCCUGCUCAUCACUGUGUGGCACCAGAGCGCUAUCGCCCCCCUGCUCGCCAUCCGAAAGGAUGAUGGAGCGGAAGCCCGGCGCGAGGCAGGUCCUGCCACUGACUCCAAGGAGUACUGCUCCCCCGACAAGGACAUAGUGGAGGUGGUGCGCACCGAGUACGUCUACACUAGACCACCACCGUGGUCCGACGUGCUGCCCACCAUCCAUGUUAUCACCCCUACGUACAGCCGGCCAGUGCAGAAAGCUGAGCUCACACGGUUGGCCAACACCUUCCUCCAUGUGCCCAACCUGCACUGGAUCCUGGUGGAGGACUCUCAGAGGAGAACCCCACUGGUGACGAGGCUGCUGAGGGAGACAGGGCUAAACUACACACACCUCAACGUGGAGACCCCACGCAACUACAAGCUGAGAGGAGACACGCGAGACCCCAGGAUCCCACGGGGCACCAUGCAAAGGAACCUGGCUUUGAGAUGGCUCAGAGAGACCUUCAGCCCAAACAGCAGUCAGACUGGCAUUGUCUACUUCGCAGAUGACGAUAACACAUACAGCCUGGAGCUUUUUGAGGAGAUGCGCUCCACUCGUAAGGUCUCCGUUUGGCCUGUGGCGUUCGUCGGAGGUUUGCGGUACGAGUCACCCAAAGUCAACGCUGCUGGCAAGGUCUAUGGAUGGAAAACAGUGUUUGACCCCCACCGGCCCUUCGCCAUUGACAUGGCAGGUUUCGCCAUCAACCUGCGGCUCAUCCUUUUCAAACCCCAAGCCUACUUCAAGCUGCGGGGGGUCAAGGGGGGCUACCAGGAGAGCAGCCUCCUCAGAGAGCUAGUCACUCUCAACGAUCUGGAGCCUAAAGCUGCCAAUUGCACUAAAAUUCUCGUCUGGCACACACGGACAGAAAAGCCCGUCCUGGUGAACGAAGGCAAGAAAGGCUUCACAGAUCCAAAUGUGGAGAUCUGACGUCCACUUGAGCUGCGGCACUUGGAUAAAUCGAGGCCCUGCAAGAACAUCCAAGAGACAGUACCUCAGAACCAAACCUUCGGAAAAAUAAUUCUUGUUCCUAGUUAUGACUAAAAGUUCAUGUUCCAGAGAGGUAUCUUUCAAAGCACAGAUUGGUUAAACAAGGCAAUAUUUCUCAGUAUUUUGUAUGUUUAAACAUCAAAAAGCAGAUAACGCUCGUGACA